UGUGCCAUGGUCUAACCCAGGCAGUGUUGACAAUAGGGUGAAAAAGAAACAGCCCCGAAUCAUAAACGAGCUAAAGGAAAAACACCAAAAAUCCAGGGGUUUGGGGAAGACAAGCAAUUGGAUCAGUAACAGGAAUGUAACUGCGUUAACCUAAUCGUUUUAUAUAGCAGUGUUUUGUUAUUAAUGGGAGUUUGAGGAUUAUUCCGUUGGAAGGAAAAAGGUACUCGUGGGUUUGGCUGUUUCAGGCCAGAUUUUCCUGCUGUUUUGCCGCUGCUGCUUGGGAAAAGGCUGUUUACACCGAGCUGGAGGUAGCCUGUUAGCCCCGAUAGAUUUCCAAACAUAGGAUAAACUCCUCCGCCGCCGUCUCCGUUGCAAAACCACAGAGGAUCAAGCAGGGCUAUGUCCUCGGCAGCCACCACAUCUCCAUCUGUGGACAAAGUGGACGGAUUUUCACGGAAGUCUGUCAGGAAGGCCAAGCAGAAGCGGUCGCAGAGUUCGUCCCAGUUCCGCUCUCAGGGCAAACCCAUAGAGCUCACGCCCUUGCCACUGCUCAAGGACGUGCCAGCGCCGGAGCAGCCGGAGCUGUUCCUGAAGAAGCUGCAGCAGUGCUGUACUGUCUUUGACUUCAUGGACACGCUGUCGGACCUCAAGAUGAAGGAGUACAAACGCUCCACGCUCAACGAGCUGGUGGACUACGUGACCGUCAGCCGGGGCUACCUGACAGAGCAGGCCUACCCCGAUGUCGUCAAAAUGGUGUCUCACAACAUAUUCCGGACCCUUCCGCCCAGUGACAGUAAUGAGUUUGACCCCGAGGAAGACGAGCCCACGCUCGAGGCCUCCUGGCCACACUUACAGUUGGUAUACGAGUUCUUCAUCCGGUUCUUGGAGAGUCAGGAAUUCCAGCCCAGCAUUGCCAAAAAGUACAUAGACCAGAAGUUUGUCCUACAGCUCUUGGAGUUGUUUGACAGCGAGGAUCCUCGGGAGAGAGACUACCUGAAGACAGUCUUGCAUAGAAUCUACGGCAAAUUCCUGGGUCUGAGGGCUUUUAUACGAAAACAGAUCAAUAAUAUUUUUCUACGUUUUGUUUAUGAGACGGAGCACUUCAACGGGGUGGCUGAGUUGCUGGAGAUCCUGGGGAGUAUAAUCAAUGGUUUCGCUCUGCCACUGAAAGCGGAGCAUAAACAGUUUCUGGUCAAAGUGUUGAUCCCCCUCCACACUGUCAGGAGUCUGUCCCUCUUCCACGCACAGUUGGCGUAUUGCAUUGUACAGUUCCUAGAGAAAGACCCAACAUUAACAGAACCAGUCAUCAGAGGCCUCCUGAAGUUCUGGCCAAAAACCUGCAGUCAAAAAGAGGUGAUGUUUCUAGGGGAGCUGGAGGAGAUCCUGGACGUCAUCGAACCCACACAGUUCGUUAAGAUCCAGGAGCCGCUCUUCAAACAGAUCUCCAGAUGUGUCUCCAGCCCACAUUUCCAGGUUGCAGAGCGAGCUCUGUACUACUGGAACAACGAGUACAUCAUGAGUCUGAUCGAGGAGAACUCCAGCGUCAUCCUGCCCAUCAUGUUCGCCAGCCUCUACAGGAUCUCCAAAGAGCACUGGAACCCGGCGAUCGUGGCGCUGGUUUACAACGUACUGAAGGCCUUCAUGGAGAUGAACAGUACCUUAUUUGAUGAACUCACAGCCACUUACAAGUCGGACCGCCAGCGUGAGAAGAAGAAGGAGAAGGAGCGAGAGGAGCUCUGGAAGAAGCUGGAGGACUUGGAGCUGAAGAGGGGCCUUAGGAGCGAUGGGAUCAUCCCAACUUAACGAAGACAGCGCCGCGCUCCCCCUCUGCCCCUCCCCCUCCUCUCCCCCCUGUGACUCCCCCUCCCCAACUCCCUCCCUCCACAUCAGCCAUGUCUGCCCAGAGCUCCGAGAAAUCCCCGAUACAGGCCGUCGUCUCUGGAUCGACGCGGAGUGCCCGCUGGUUUCUUAAUUGUUUGUUUUUUUUCUUAUGUUUUUUUUUUUUUUUUUUUUUUUUUCUCCUGUGUUUGUGCGACUUACUUUACAGUAGAUUCAUCACGUCUGUUUUCAUUAUUUCAACAGCACUGUAAAUAAUUUUUUUUUUUUUCCCUUAAACUGAUAUUAUUGCAAACAGAAAAACAAAACAAUAAUAAUAAAAAAAGGAAGAAAAAAAUAGAAAAUGAGAAAAUGACUUGUGUGAGAGGGUGAAUUAAACAAAAACAUAAAACCUUUGGACUGUAGGACGUGAGAACAACUCUUGGAAAACAAAACAAAAACCACAAAAAAAGAAGAUAGAUUGAUUUUAACUCUUCAUCCCACUCUUCACUACAGUCCCGUGUGUAAUUUUAAUUUUUCUGGUUCUCCUCUUUGCUUUUCCUCUUGUUCCCCUUCCUCCCUCCUCUCUAAUGGUGCAUCUGCCCCCGUGUGGGACGUCCGGACUAAUAAUGGGUCCCCUCUCCCCCAUUAAGGUUCCUCCCUGGCCUCACCCUCUUGUCUACAGGUUCUGCUUCCUGUUUUAAAUGGCGGCGGGGGGGGGGGAACUGAACAUAAACACAUUUAAAAACAACAGGGACUUCCUCAGUACACACCUCUGAGUGCGUUUACAUGCGUGUUAAUCGUACGGGUAUUAAAUCUUGUGCUGAAUAUACUUAUUUCUAUUCUUCUACUUUGUUCACCCUCAAACUACAUUUAUUCCCUCGGUGUUCAGACCGUGCCAUCUCAAAAUACUGAAUUUCUUUUUUUACAUCAAAAGACAUUUUUUACUCCCUCUUGUGCGUUUUACUACUUCAAGGUUCAAAAUCCACAAAGUCACCUUCAGCAGAGCCUCAGUGUCACUUCCUGUGGCUGCGUCACAAUAACAGCCAGUGUUUCACCAUUUUAACGUGAACUAGCAGCAGCACGUUAUGUUCAGUUUGCAUUAGCAGUAAAAAAAACCCAAUAUAAAUCGUUGUGAUGCAGCUGUAUAAAAGCGAUCAAUGAAUGGGGGAAUGCAAGGUAAGUUUAUUUAUACAACGUGUUGUGCAGGAUUAGUUUGUUUCCCCCGUAUGUAAUCAUACAGUGACACUGAUAAACUGCAAACAAAAGCAAAGAUGCCAUGACCAUAUAUACAAAAUAAGUAUAUUGAAUGUACAGAUAAUCAUUUAAGUGUCAUGUUUUUAACCACAAAUCAAACCCGCCCCUCACAUCUGGUGCACAUGACCUCGGAUACUUUUCAUUUUUAAAGACUAGUGUAGUGUAGUAUCCUGUUUUGAUGUUGCUUAGAUGAGCUCACAUCCUGGUUCUUUCGAAUCCUGCUUACCACCGUUUAAUUUGUGCAACUUCCUGUUGAUGCGAUGCGUCGGCCUCGCACAGGAUUUGUGAUCUGGCUUCAUGUAAAGGAGAAUAUUAAGAUUGUACAUGUUCUGCAUGUAAACGCACUCAAAUCAUGCUCCCCUCGUGCUCCUCCAAAAAUUGACUUUUAAUCUAUUUCUCCUUCCCUCCAUCUAACUUUUUUUUUUCUUUUUUUUUUUUAAUAAACUUUGUUGACCCCCCCCCCCCCCCUCCCUCCCUUAACCUGCCAUACCAGGUAUCCCUGGUAUCAGUCUGGCACUGGUACCCUCCGGCCAUAACGGGGACUUACAAAUAAAAACAAGUCUUCAGAGGAGCGCCAAAUAUCUUCCUCCUGUUGUGAAAAGACGAGCGCCCCUGCCUCACCUCACCCCCACUCCUCCCCUCCUCCGCCCACCGGGGGGGCGCCGCGUUGACUUCACAGUAUUACAACAACAACAACAACAAAAAGACAACCCUGUACAUUGUUAUUGAAUGCAGUACACUGAUAAUCUUGUAUCUUGUAGUAAUUUAGCCGAUGUUUCUUGCUUAGGAAACUGGAGAGGAGUGUCCAGUAUAUAAAGAGGUAUUAUGGAACAAGACUUCCUGGUAUUUAUGAUAGUGUUGCCCCCCCCCCUUUUAGUCUGUUUUUUCAUUUUCUGUCUCUCACUCCCUCUUCUCUUAGUUUUUAUCUCAUUUUGGAAAUUUUGAUGAAGUUUCUUUUGACCAUUGAAUAUAUUUUUUUUUAGUUGGGGAGGGAGGGGGGGUGAGGUCAGGGGUCAUAGGGAGGGAGGGAGGAGUAGAGAGGGAAGGCACAGAGCAGACCACUUUGUCCUGUUGGGAGUGUUACGCUGAAUCUCCUCCCUCGCAGAAUUAAUGUGUGCUUUAGAACGGCCCGGAUAUAAUAUGAUUUUAAAACCGAAAAAAAAAAAAAAAAAGAUAAAUAUGGGUUGGAGAAAUACAAAUGUUUAAUUAUUUUAAAAAA